AUGAACACGGCCUUAACACGAAUUUAUGAAAAACCUAUGGGGCCAAAUGGAGAACCAGUGCAGCAUGAUUCGUUGGUUAGAGACGGUAGUUUCAUGCAUCGUAUGAUUGAGCGCUAUACGAAGAUGCAAUUGUUGUAUAUUCAUGAACAUCGUCAAGUUGACUUGAUGGAGCAUUUGUGGGCGGUGAAAGGCAAUGAAGGUCAAUGA